AUGUCUCGCCGAAAGCUUCGUAAUACUGUCGAAGAGACACUGACCCCGCCGGGCACCCUUCUCCAAACCGAGACCAUUGCUCGUGUAGUGAAAGCCAAUGGCAAGGACCUCUACACCGUGCAGCUUCCCUCAAGCGAAGAAACCCUCCUCGUCGAACUCGAUGCUAAAUUUCGUGCCACUGUCUGGAUCAAACGCGGUGGCUAUGUUCUCGUCGACACCUCUAAAACCUCAGGGCGCGACAACAAGAUCCAAGGGGAGAUCGUGAACGUGGUCCGAGAUGAAAAAGCGUGGAGAAAGGAAUCAUAUUGGCCAGCAGAGUUCGUCAAGAGGCGUGCUCCUGUAGAUAGUGAUGAGGAGGAGUCUGUUGUGGGAAAGAUGCCUCCAUCAGACAGUGAAGAGGAUGAAGGAUGA